UCUCAUCGCUUGUGUCCAGCUUAUCAUUAGAACCUUUCUUUCUGCACUGAACGCCAACCUUCCUCUUCCAUGUCCUUCCUCACUGCAAUGGUCAGUGGUCUAAUGAGAGGAGGGUCGCAAGCCUCUGCACCCUCCGCAGCUACUGGGACAUCUGAUGCGAGGAUAGAGGAAGUAGUGACUCAGACUGAAAAUGUAACUCUUGAAGAGACUGCAGAAGAGUCCAGAUCUAUGGACAUUGACGGCGUAACACCCAACGAAGAGCCCGUUCACGUCCUAGACGAAACGCACGAAUCCUCCUCUGCACCAACCGGGUCAGCAGUUACUGCGAGAACAGAAAUGGCGGCUGCUCAAACGCUCGUUCGACCGAGUUCUGUCCCUCUGGAACGAGAGGCUGCGCAGAUGCCUCGUUUCGGCUACGUUUAUGAUGUCCGUAUGAUGAACCAUGCGCCUGUGACCUCAAGCAAUCAUGAAGACCAUCCGGAGCAGCCUGCUCGAAUAGCCGGUAUUUAUAUGAGGCUCCGCAAUUUCGGUUGUCUGUUACGCAUGAAACACAUUCCCAUCCGUCCAGUUCGUAAAAUGGAGGCAAUGCUGGUCCAUAGCGAAGACCACUGGGAGAAGGUCCAGAUGAUAGCCCGAAUGGACUCUGAACAAAUCGCCAUGUCAGAGGCUUACUAUGAAUUUCUUUCACUCUAUGUCUGUCCAAGUACUACCAUGGCUGCUCAACUCAGCUGCGGUGGCGUCAUCGAAGCUGCACUGGCUGUUGCACGCGGUGAGCUAGAAAAAUCAUUCGCUAUCGUUCGUCCUCCUGGCCAUCAUGCAGAGCCAGAAGAGCACAUGGGUUUUUGUUUCUUUAACAAUGUUGCCGUGGCUGCGCGCGUCGUGCAACAACUCACGCCUUUGAAACGUAUACUGAUCUUAGAUUGGGAUGUGCAUCAAGGCAAUGGGACACAGCGCGCCUUUAACGAUGAUCCUAGCGUGUUGUACAUAUCAAUUCAUCGGUAUGAAAAUGGUAUAUUUUACCCCGGUGGACCUUUUGGCGGAUUAGAUUCCUGUGGCGAAGGAGCAGGAGAGGGAACGUCAGUAAAUAUUCCAUGGCCAGAAGCCGGGAUGGGAGAUGCAGAGUACAUUCAUGCUUUCACGAGGAUUGUCAUACCAAUAGCUAUGCAGUUUGCUCCCGAGCUUGUCAUAAUUUCAGCAGGCUUUGACGCAGCUGAUGGAGAUGAUCUUGGUGAAUGCCACGUAACACCGGCAGGUUAUGCGAUGAUGACGCACAUGCUGUCAUCGCUCGCCGGCGGGAAGCUCGUCGUUGCGUUGGAGGGCGGAUACAAUGUCGAAUCCAUUUCAAACUCUGCACUCGCUGUAACUCGGGUCCUUUUAGGUGAUGCGCCUCCAGAGUUGAAGCCGGUAGUGGCGAAUGAAGCAGCUACCGAGACUGUAUGGCUCGUAGCCAAACGACAACAUAGGUAUUGGCAGAACCUUGACGUAACUUCUUGUGAACCUCGUGAGGAAUACCCGGAGCAGACACUUUCGAUACCCGAACUACUUAAGAUACAUCGUCAAGAAUACCUCUAUCGAGAAUACCAGAUGGUGCAAGUACCGCUUCUAGACACAGAGGUAGAAGAGCGCUAUCAGUCUCAAGUCAUUUGCUCCCAAGAUGUCAUGGAUAAGGAUACCCUGGUCCUACUUGUACAUCAAUUUGGCAACCUACUAGUUGAGGUCGCCGGCGCCAUGGUAUGCGAUGUGCAACUCGAGCACUCCUAUUUAUUGGACGUUACUAAACGGCUUGUAGAAUGGGUGAGGCAGAAGGGAUACGCUUACGCGGAAAUCAACACGUACCCAAGGCCUCCACAGCCCAACCAUAGACGAAGUUGGUCGGAGCUCGCUCGCGAGGUCGUAUCCUACCUGUGGGACAACUACAUUCUGCUUUCACAGGCAAAGAAAAUUGUCUUGAUAGGACAUGGUCCUGAAUGUCAAGCUGUCAUGGACCUUUUGAGCACUCGUGUACAAACUGUAAUGGAUACAGUCCAAGCUGUUGUGUUGAUCGUUGGGCGAGAAGACAUCCCUAGUAUCCCGAGGCACGAAGACGAACUCAGGGACUGGUACACAAAAAGCUCCUUCGUUGCUGCCCCUCUGGACCACGAACUCAACAUCGAGGGAAAGAUACGCAAGAAGCACGGGAAAGUGAAGUUUUAUAACGAAAAGAAACGAGUUAAAAUUUUGUCCCAUGCCCUCCCGGACAUCACGUCGUUCAUUGAGUCUAAGUUGUCGUAAUGAGCCAGUACUGGAUGCUGUCUUUCAAUGUAGUUUAGAUUUAGUAGAACUUUACCGUCGUGUCAUCUGCUUGCAUUGUCUCUUUCUUCAUCUGAUCUAGCACUUGUUUUGCUUUCGUGUUUAGAGUAAACACCACAUAUAAC